GCUGUCAGUGCCCGUGAAGCUACGCACGGGCAGCAGAUUUGCGCGAUAAAUAUUUUUAAAAUAUGGUUAAACAGCCUCUCAUAGUCAGAUAUAUUGAAACAGAAUUAAAAGACACCCUUGGUCUUAAAUAUCACCGUUGCAAUGUGCACGCAAAGACGAUUUUGUCCGCGGACAGCUAAACUGGCAAUGACAGACAGUAGAGACGGGACAAGUUGGAAUGAUUAGGUUCAGGAGUGAGUAACACUUAACAGGAUGGAAAAAAUACUCUAAAAACGAGCAAUGCAGAAGACUUCCGAGAUGCAAGACGAGCGCACCGACUACGCGUCUGGAAGUCUGCCGUUAAGUGAAUACAACACGACCUUCACGGCGAACAGGACUAAUGUCUCGUGGAGUGACUUUCAAGAUCUCACCGAUUUGGAUAAGCCCGAUUUUAUGGGAGACGGAUCCGCGGUCCUGAGAAUAAUCAUCUCUGUCAUUUACUCGGUUGUGUGCGCGUUGGGUUUAAUCGGUAACAUCCUCGUCCUGUAUCUCAUGAAGUCCAAACAAGCAUGGAAGAAGUCUUCGAUCAACUUCUUCGUGACCAGUUUGGCGGUCACAGACUUUCAGUUUGUGCUGACGCUUCCCUUUUGGGCUGUGGAGAACGCCAUGGAUUUCACUUGGCUGUUUGGGAAGGCGAUGUGUAAGAUAGUUUCUUAUGUCACGGCUACGAACAUGUACGCCAGCGUGUUUUUCCUCACGGCUAUGAGCGUCGCGAGAUACUGCUCCGUGGCUUCGGCGUUAAAAAGCAGGAGACGCCGGUUGCGUUUCCCAGCGCAGUGGAUGACUAUCGUUAUCUGGAUAGCAGCGGUCGGUGCCGCUCUGCCGAACGCGAUAUUUUCAACGACCGCCACGGUAUCUAACGAAGAACUGUGCCUAGUGAAAUUUCCCGAUCGGAGUGGGGAUGCGCAAUUUUGGCUGGGUUUAUAUCACGCGCAAAAAGUACUUCUGGGGUUCCUCAUUCCGUUCGGAAUAAUCACUGCCUGUUACCUGCUUCUCCUGCGCUACAUAACAAACAAAAACGUGAACACCACCAGCGCUAAGAGGCGAUCUAAAGUGACUAAAUCUGUGACUAUCGUCGUUUUGUCUUUUUUCCUGUGCUGGCUGCCGAACCAGGCGUUAACAGCGUGGGGGAUCUUAAUAAAACUCAAUGUAGUGCACUUCAGUUACGAGUAUUACACCACGCAAGUGUAUAUUUUUCCCGUCACAGUAUGUUUGGCACAUUCAAACAGUUGUCUCAAUCCCAUUCUGUACUGUUUGAUGAGAAGGGAAUUCAGAAAAGCGUUGAAAAAGCUGUUUUGGCAAAUCACUUCGCCUUCUGUGACAAACAUGAGACCGUUUACCGCCUCCACGAAGCCCGAGCAAGAUGAACACGGUCCCGCGCUGGUUCCAAUCAGUUCCGCUGAGCCCGCGCUUAUUUUUUAUCCCCCAGGCGCUGUCAUGUAUAAUGGAAGAAACGACCUUCUGCCUAACAGCACAUAACGAGUUGUUGUUGAUAAUGAGAAAUGUUUCAGACUCACACAAACUGGCUAAUAAAUAAUUAGUUCGUACAUUUUUUCUCCGCCAAUAGAAAUAAUUUUCAAAGAAACCAAAACGCAGAGUAAAAGAGUUCCAGUCUGGAACACCUUUUGGAAAUGGAACGGAGCCUCCUCAUUCAAAACCUUUCUUGAAGGGAUAGCUCACCCCAAAAUGAAAAUUCUGUCAUUAAUUUCUCACCCAUAUGAUGUUCCAAACCCGUAAGACCUUCGUUCAUCUUCUGAACACAGAUUAAGUUAUUUUUGAUGAAAUCAGAGAGCUCUCUGACUCUCCAUAGACAGUAAUGCAACCUAAAUGUUCCCAGGUGCAGAAACGUAGUAAGGUCAGGAUAAAGGUAAAACAGUCCAUGUGACAUCAGUGGCUCAACUUCAAUUGUGCGAAGCUACCAGAAUACUUUUUGUGUGCAAAGAAAACAAAAAUAACAACUUUAUUCAACAACUCUUCUCCCCGUGUCACUGAUUACUACAACGCAUGCACACACUUUCCAAAGAAAGUAAACGACGAUGAUCAACGGUUCUGGGAACAUUUAGGUUGCGUUGCUGUCUAUGCAGGAUCAGAGAGCUCUCCGAUUUCAUAAAAAAUAUCUUAAUUUGUGUUCUAAAUGUGAACGUAGGUCUUACGGGUUUGGAACUACAUGAGGGUGACUAAUUUAUGACAGAAUUUUCAUUUUGGGGUGAACUAUCCCUUUAAUUACGCCACUCUAAUCCAUUCUGGGUUUUACAUUUUCACCCUCACUAGUGAGAAAGUCUUUAAAGCGGGAGGAAAGAGCUCUUUGCUCUAGGUGAAGUCACACAAACGUCGCUCCCUUUUUAACUUCAACCCUGCGCUACUAAUAAUCUAAUCUGUAACUGUGAAAACAAUCUAAUUAGAAAAAAAAUUGUACAAACAAGUAUUUAUUAUAAUAUCUGACAGACUAUUCACAGAGCACAGUGUGGAUUCAUAUAAUUUAAUAAUGUAUCAGUUGGAUUCAUAUGAAUUAGUGAUGUAGCCUAUCAGUUGGUUAAAAUAUUUGAAAUAUUAUUAUUUAUUUAUUUAUUUUACUAUUUUCUUUCUUUCUUUUUUUAAUGAAUGAAAGGUGUUAAAACACCUGAUUUAUUUUCACCUAUUAAUUCACAGUAAGGAACAAAUAUGUAUUUUUGGUCAACCAUUACCUAAAACAAACCAUUACAUUGCUAAUAAACAUCUUACAUCAGCAAGAGAUGGGUUGCAGGAUUUAAAAAUCAUCAAAUAUAUUAGCCUGACAAGGUCAGGAGAUGGCUGAGACCAGCUAAACAUCUUAGGUUGGUUUAAGAUGUUUUUUUCAAGUGAUCAUUAAGAAGUUGUGUUACCAGUACAGGCAUGCAUGUGAACUGUGACUUUGUACAUUUGGUCAGUUAUUUAUGUUCGAUUUUACUGAUUUGUCAGACUUUAUCAUCAGAUUAAAAGAUAAUUAAUACCA